GUGGAAAUUGGGGGGAGAAAAAAAAAGGGGGGAAAAAGGGUCUGUCCUUCCUGGGAUUCCUAGCCGAGGCCAGUCUGCUGCCGUGUGUGUGUGCGUCAGGGCUCUCCGGGCGGCAAUGGGGGCUUGAGAGCCGGGUCCCCAGCGCCGGGAAAGGAGCGCGGUGGCCGCCACCGCCACCGCCCCGGAGUCCGGCGCCGAAGCUGCGGGCGGGCGGGCGGGCGGGCACCGGCUCGGGCCAGGGCUGCUUGGCGCGGCACUGUGCGGUGCAGCGGCGGCGCGGUGCGGUGCGGGCUUUUCCCAGGCGCCCCGGGGUCGGGUGGCCACCGGUGCGGCCGCGGGCGCUGAGCGCGACCGGUUCGCGGCAGCGGUGGCGGCGGCGUGCGUGCCAGGGGCUGGGGGCUCCGCCGCCUCUCCUGCGGCUCACCGAGCUCCGCGCUUCCCUCUCUCUAGGGCAGGCGGCUUCUCAGAGCACAACAGCUCCAGCUGGCAGCAUCACUUCCCGCCAAUUUAUCCAACUUCUGCCAAGGCUCUGAAAUGCCAAUAACGUCGAGGCCUGCACUUGAUGUCAAGGGUGGCACCUCACCUGCGAAGGAGGAUGCCAACCAAGAGAUGAGCUCCGUGGCCUACUCCAACCUUGCGGUGAAAGAUCGCAAAGCAGUGGCCAUUCUGCACUACCCUGGGGUAGCCUCAAAUGGAACCAAGGCCAGUGGGGCUCCCACUAGUUCCUCAGGAUCUCCAAUAGGCUCUCCUACCGCCACCCCUCCCACUAAAUCCCCAUCCUUCAACCUGCACCCCACCCCUCACUUGCUGGCUAGUAUGCAGCUGCAGAAACUUAACAGCCAGUAUCAGGGUAUGGCUGCCGCCACUCCGGGCCAACCCGGGGAGGCAGGGUCCCUGCAAAACUGGGACUUUGGGGCCCAGGCGGGAGGGGCGGAAUCACUCUCUCCUUCUGCUGGUGCCCAGAGCCCUGCUAUCAUCGAUUCAGACCCAGUGGAUGAGGAGGUGCUGAUGUCGCUGGUGGUGGAACUGGGGUUGGACCGAGCCAAUGAGCUUCCAGAGCUGUGGCUGGGGCAGAAUGAGUUUGACUUCACUGCGGACUUUCCAUCUAGCUGCUGAUGCCAAGUGUCCCUAAAGAUGGAGGAAUAAAGCCACCAAUUCAGUUGUAAAUAAAAAUAAAGUUACUUACAAA